CUGAAGUGACAGUGGUUUGUUCAGGUAUCAAAAAGAAACAAAUGGAGAGAGGUUUCUGAUGAAAGCUUUUGAUUCAUACCGCUGAGAAGAGGUUCGAAAGGGAAGGCUCCUUUGUCAAUUCAAAACACCUGUGGUGCUUUCUGCCUUAGGCACACCAGUUAGCCUGAGAGAAGCCUUUGACUGUGUGCUAUCCCCGAUGCUGACAGGAUUGACAGGACUAAGCUGCUUGUUUGUGUCAACUUGUCUUAUUGGAAGAUAAAAGUCCGUGUCUCCUAGCAGAAUACUGACGGGCACUGCAACGUACUGUACGGCAGGAUUUAGCUGAAACCAUGGCCAUGCUGCAAAAAAUAUGAGCAAAUUCAGGUUGCCUAACGUGGCCUAGGAGUGAAAACCUGAUCAUCUGGUAUAGCAAAGGAUUUGAAAACCUACACUUCUGGAUAAACGGAAGUGCUGCCCGCAGUUUCUUCAGCAUGGCCUCCGUCCCCCUGUUUCCGAUGAUGAGUAGUGUGCCAAUCAAAGCUUGAAGGGAAACAAGAGCGAUGGGAUUGCUUUGUCAUGGUCACUUAGAAUAAAUGGCAUUUAAAGAGGGGGUGGAAUGCUGCUUGCUGCUGUUAGUGCUGCUGCUGUGUAGAGCUCCGUGGGACGCAUUCACAUUCAAAACGAUCCAGUGCUCACAAUGGUUCAUUUUUGGAAAUUUGUAAGGAAUUUUCGGCAGCUGGAGCUGCACAGGUUGAUCUUAUUGCUAAUAGCAUUUAGUUUGGGGUCCAUGUGUUUCUUGGCUUAUUAUGUGACCAACAGUCCUAAAAUUAAGGAGGCCCCACCUUUACCUUUCAGUGAUUGCAAUAACCAGCACAGAAAACCACUUCCGCCUCAGUCAAUCCGGCGGUUCAUGCCAUCUGUGGACACAUCGAGAACUGACCCCGUGGUCUUGGUUUUUGCUGAAAGUAUUUAUUCUCAAUUAGGACAAGAAAUUGUGACAAUUUUGGAAUCGAGCAGGUUUAAAUACAGGACAGAAAUAGCUCCUGGUAAAGGGGAUGUGCCUACCUUAACGGACAAAAAUCACGGUCGAUACGCUCUCAUUGUAUAUGAAAAUAUCCUGAAAUAUGUGAACCUGGAUGCCUGGAACCGGGAGCUGCUAGAUAAAUACUGUGUGGAGUACGGUGUUGGAAUUAUUGGUUUCUUCAAAGCCAAUGAAAACAGUUUGCUAAGUGCUCAACUCAAAGGUUUUCCUCUUUUCCUGCACUCUAACCUUGGUCUGAAGGACUACCACAUCAACCCAAAUGCCCCCCUGCUUUACGUGACCCGAGCCAAUGAAGUGGAGCAGGGACCAUUGCCAGGAGAUGACUGGACUGUAUUUCAAUCCAAUCACACCACGUAUGAGCCAGUGCUUUUGGCCAGUACCAAGUCUGCAGAGUCUAUUCCUCACCUAAGUACACACAAAGCAUUACAUGCAACUGUAGUCCAGGAUCUAGGACUGCACGAUGGAAUUCAGAGAGUUUUCUUUGGAAACAACUUAAAUUUCUGGUUGCACAAGUUGAUUUUUGUGGAUGCAAUAGCAUAUCUGACAGGGAAACGACUGUGUUUGCCUCUGGACCGGUACAUCUUGGUUGACAUUGAUGACAUCUUUGUAGGAAAAGAAGGAACUAGGAUGAAGGUCUCGGAUGUUGAGGCAUUACUAAACACACAAAACAAAUUGAGAACUCUUGUUCCAAAUUUUACGUUUAACCUUGGUUUCUCUGGAAAGUUCUACCACACAGGAGCCAGUGAAGAAGAUGAUGGAGACGAUAAGCUGUUGAAACACAGAAAUGAGUUCUGGUGGUUCCCACACAUGUGGAGUCAUAUGCAGCCACAUCUUUUCCACAAUGAAAGUGUUCUGGCUCAGCAGAUGAAACUGAACAAGCAGUUUGCACUGGAUCAUGGAAUCCCCACAGACAUGGGAUAUGCAGUGGCACCACAUCAUUCAGGAGUGUACCCAGUGCACACACAAUUGUACGAAGCCUGGAAAUCCACUUGGGGAAUCAAAGUCACCAGCACAGAAGAGUAUCCCCACCUGAAACCAGCUCGAUAUCGCAGGGGAUUUAUCCACAAUGGUAUAAUGGUUUUGCCUCGUCAAACCUGCGGCCUGUUCACACACACUAUAUUUUACAAUGAGUAUCCAGGAGGAUCCAAAGAGCUGGACAAAAGUAUCCGGGGCGGGGAGCUUUUUCUCACAGUGCUGCUUAAUCCGAUUAGCAUCUUCAUGACACACCUGUCAAACUACGGCAACGAUCGCCUGGGGCUAUACACCUUCGAGAGCCUCGUGAAGUUUGUGCAGUGCUGGACUAAUCUGAAGCUGCAGACAUUACCCCCUGUGCACCUAGCAGAGAAGUACUUUGAGCUUUUCCCAGAGGAGAAGGACCCCUUGUGGCAGAACCCAUGUGAUGAUAAGCGACAUAAGGAUAUCUGGUCCAAAGAGAAAACGUGUGACAGGCUUCCUAAGUUCCUUAUUAUUGGCCCACAGAAAACUGGUACGACAGCUUUGCACUUUUUCUUGUCCUUGCAUCCUGGUAUCACCAGUAACUUCCCCAGUCCAGUUACAUUUGAGGAGAUUCAGUUCUUUAACGGAGUCAACUAUGGCAAGGGGAUUGACUGGUACAUGGACUUCUUUCCAUUUCCGUCAAAUGCAAGCACAGACUUCAUGUUUGAAAAAAGUGCAAAUUACUUUGCAUCUGAGGUCGUCCCUAAGAGGGCAGCAGCACUCCUCCCCAGAGCAAAAAUAAUUACAAUUCUCAUCAAUCCAGCAGAGAGAGCUUACUCCUGGUAUCAGCACCAGAGAGCACACCAGGAUUCUGCAGCUCUGAAUUCCACGUUCUACCAGGUGAUUUCCGCAGGUGCGGGCUCACCUAAGGAUGUGCGUGCUCUGCAGAAUCGCUGUUUGGCACCGGGCUUGUAUGCCUCUCACAUUGAAAGAUGGUUAACAUCGUAUCAGCCAAGCAAGUUCCUCAUUGUUGAUGGUUCACAGUUGCGUAACAAGCCUGUAAUGGUCAUGGAAAAUGUACAGAAAUUCCUUGGUGUAAUGCCUCACUUUAACUACACUCAGGCGCUCACGUAUGAUGACAGCAAGAAUUUCUGGUGUCAAGUCGUAGAAGGCGGCAAAGCAAAAUGUUUAGGGAAAAGUAAAGGAAGAAAAUAUCCAGACAUGGAUUUAAUUUCUCGGACAUUUCUGAAAGAUUAUUACAGGGAGCACAAUGUGGAAUUGUCAAAGCUGUUAAACAAAUUGGGACAGUCACUGCCCAGCUGGCUCAGAGAGGAACUACAACAUACCAGCUGGAGCUGAAUGCUACUUAGAUGUGCUCGGCCAACAUCACCACUCUGGAAAACGAAGCCACUCAGUACCUGCUUUCAUUCCCACUGACCUAUUUAUUCAUAAUGUGCAGCUGUUCUGACAAAAAGAAAAGUGGACCGCAGGUGGAGUUUGAUUUCUUGAUGUGGACCAGUUUUAAAAAGAAAAACUCCACAAAGGCUGCCAUUUCUUUCUACAAGCUGCUUUUGUGCUUUGUGUUCAGUGAACUAUCUGUAGCUCUUGCACUACAGUUUCUUUCUCAGAUGGAAGUACUUUGCACAAAAAGGAUCAGUCUCCAAAGGGGAUCACCUGCAGGCUGGUUGUUGUACAGUAUGUGCCCAGUUCAGACUUGCAAAGAUGCUACUGGAAUCUUGUGAGCCUCUCCUCCCCAACUAUUGUACUGUUGAAGUAUAUUCUCUAUUACAACAGCUGCUUUCACAAAAGAACAUGCAACACUGCCCUGACCACUAAUCAUGUGGGGUUGGGGAUCUCAGUUCAUCAUGAACAAUGUAUUAAAAUGUGCAACUGUGCUGUAAUCUGGGUACUAAUAACACAUACAAAUGUAAUGAAUUACUGUGUACAUAUUUCCCUUUGAGGCAAUAAUUUGUAGCUACACAUGGAAUCCAGAGAAAGUGGCGCUAAUAACCGAUUGCAACAGGAUCAUGAACACAGUGCCAGAUCAUCUUACCGCAAACUUGUUUGCUAAGCCCCACUUUAAGUAGUCCUGUAAGUAAUUGGAAACAUUUAUAAUCUACAAACUUCAACUUUAGUUUUAUCAGUGUUAGUGACCUUUCUACCAGUCUACUGUAAAAAAAUUAGGAAGCAACCACAAAUUAAUUGUUUUUUUAAAUGGGCUAAGGUGAAGUCUUCCUGCUUGUUUUCAUUUGUCUCACACAGAAGAAAGUCUAGAGCAGUAUCAUCUUUGACCCGUUUCAUCUCACAAUACGACUCACCUAUUGUGUCAUUCACAUUGAAUGAUAUUAUUGGAGAAUUUUACUCUCAAGAGGCUGAACAUAUUUUCUGAAAUGCAACAUGCAGUGGAUUAAGUGGAGUUUUUUUGGUGUAACUUUUGUGGUUGAUUGUGAAUGUAGUACUUUGCAAGGCCUUAAAUACAUUGCGGGCUGGUCAACAAAACUGUACUGUUGGAAACUACCCAGCCAAAAUGUGCCUGCAUUAUUUCCCCACUCAACUGUGAAAGAAAACCAAAAAACAAAUAUAAAAAUCAAUGGUAAGAUUUUACCUUUCUUGAUCUGUUAUCUUCAAUCUGAACAUCUCCAUUCCAAAGCCAAGCAUUUAACAUAGGCCUUUAACAGCAGAGUACUGCAGUUUUGUUGUGUGCUUUAAUCAAAAAUAAUUGUAUGUACUCAACACAGCACAGAACGGUUGAAUAAAAGUUUUGUUGUCAACAAAACUACUCACA